AUGCCGCACGUCGCCUGGGACGUCACGCAGCACCCGACCACCGCGCGAUGGGCGACUGGUCGUCAUGUCUGGGUACCGCUCUCGCAGAGGUUUAACCAGGUGGCGACCUAUCCCGAGGUGCGCACGCUGCAUAUUCACUGCGACAUCGGGCUGGCUAGUGUGCGCUGGGGACCUGUCGUCAUCGAGAAGAGUGGCGCCAUCACUCUGGGCGACAUCCUCUAUGCGAUCUACGACUUCUUCCAGAGGCGGAUGUCGGAGGACGACGUGAACUUCGUGGCGACGCUGCGUCCGGGCAACCGCGAGCGGAUGUACGAGGCGUUCUGGAGACGCUGUCGGACGGGCCACGCGCUGGAUGGGUACGAGCACCAGCAGGGUAUGAAGCGUGUGGACUGUCUGCAGGAUCAGACAGCUUGGUGGGGAACGUGGAUCACCGUCCGUCCUGACAACAGAUGGCACCUCAACUUGGGCCUGCAAUCUAUUCACGCGAGUCCUCACUCUCGACAUCGAACUCCUUGA